AACAACACAAACCUCAAAUGUGCGGAUAAAAAGUUUUGAAAAGUUAAAAAAAAAAUGGUUUCAAUUUAUUUUGCCCUCAUUGCCCUGCUACUAAUUUUCCAUUACCUUGGGCGACAUUUUUCGUAUUGGCAACGUCGUGGCAUACCCUGUGCUCCGCCAAAUUGGAUUUUGGGAAACUUUGGCGAUGCUGUGAGCCGAAAAUCCCUUUGCCAAUUAUUUCGUGAUUACUAUGAGAAAUAUAAGCAGAAGGGAGGACCCUUCGUGGGUUUCUAUUGUUUCGCACAGCCCACGGUAAUGGUGAUGGAUCCGGAAUUGAUACGUCGUAUUCUUAUAACCGAUUUCCCGAAAUUCAACACCCACAUGAUGUACUGCAAUGAGAGAGAUGAUCCCCUGACGGGCCAGUUGUUUAACUUGACUGGCGAUAGAUGUGUUUUCCUGAAAUAUCAAAGAAACUGGGUAUCAAAGAAACCC